AAGAACGAGCUAUUCUCAGGAAACCAACGAAGGAAUGCGGGUCAGUUCUUUAAGCCGUCGUCACUUCUUCUUUAUUUUAGCCAUUGGAGGAGUCGCAAUCUUCGCGUUCACAAACAUGAGGAGUAAAAAUCUUGUCACCAUUUCGACCGUUCAAGAGCUAAUUUCGAGUCCUGAAUUAAACCAAGUUAUGACACAAAUUGCGCGAACAGAUGGAAAUGGAACUACCCCAGCAGAAAAAGAUGAGUACAAGACCAUUGAUACGCUGCUGUUUUUUGUUGGCUACCCAAGAAGUCGUCACACCUUAAUGGCAUCUCUGCUGGAUGCCCACCCUCACAUGAUCGUGGCUAACGAAAAUAACCUGUUUUACCGGUUGAAGAAUGGUAAAAAGUAUGAAAGGAGCCAGAUGUUUGAUACAUUAAUUGAGGGUUCCAAAGGUUUUCUAAAAGGAGGUAAAGGAAUAGUGAUGAAGGGAAACCUUCAAAACACUUCUCAUUUUGGAUUCUGGAUGGAAGGUUACUGGCAGGGGAGUUAUGAUAAGUACAUUAAGGUCAUUGGCGACAAGACUGCAUGGAUAAAUUCUGGAGUAUUUCGGAGCACUACCCCUGAAGACGUAACAAAAUUAGUGGAUGACAUCGAGAAGAAAUACAGAGUCAAAGUAAAGUUCAUCCACAUGAUGAGGAAUCCGUUUGACAUUGUGUCAACAAUAGUUUUACGCAACACCAAGGAGAAAGGCGGCAGGUUUAAAGACCAUUCCCAAAAAGUCGAUGACCCAAAACUGUUGGAAGAAAGCAUGGAGAGAUUUUUCAACUGGGCUCAGGGAAGUGCUAUCGCCAGAGAAGUCUUAGGAGACAAGCUCCUUGACGUGGACGGUCUUAAACUCGUGAACAAACCCAUAGAGUACAUGUCCAAAGUGUGUCAAUUUAUUGAAAUCGCGUGUUCUGACGAAUACCUCAUGGCAUGCGCAGAGGUUGUGGAUUCCACACCAUCUACAACUAGAGAUUGGGUAGUUUGGAGCAAAGAACAUAAGAACAGAAUGUAUUCUGAGUUCGAAAAGUAUCCCUUUUUAUCUCAUUAUUCAUUUGAUGAUUAACUGUAUACCAAUAGAUUAGAAACUAUAUAAAAUUUAUAAUUUAUAAACAAAUUAUAAAUUAAUGGUCGUCGUUGCCAAGUUAAUAUGUAGAAGUUGAAUAAUAUAAUAGCCAUAUUAAAACAUCAGAGAUCUUGCAACGAGAAUUUUCUCUUUCCUUUUGAUGCACGAAACUUUGUCUGCAGAAUUCUAGUAAACAUUUCACAUGCAAAAUUGCACGUCCGAACGCCAGGGAAAUAUAUGCAUUUUUAUCUUAAAUCCCCUGUAUCUUUAGACUUCUCAGUGGAAAAAAAGAAAUGCUUGAAAAUCACAAUUGUGACGCAGAUGGAAAUUCCUCAUCUUUUUUCCUCACCAUCAAGAAGAAACUGAAAUAAUAAUAAAAUUUUUAACAUUAUUAAUUAUCAUGAAUAAUGAUUGUUAGGAUAAUUAUAGCAGUAGUCGUAGUUACUCGAUAAUUUCGCCAAGAAAAUAAAAUUGCUUCUGGAAACUCUUGAGCAGGGAUUGAACAA